CCAACCAACAACACCGCUCGCGCUCACUUAGGCUCACUCCACACACCAACACCACCUCUCUUUCGCUUCCCGUGUAGAUUGCUCGGUGUUGGUUUGUGGUAGGGCUCGCUCAUUGCUCCUCCCUGUCGUCGUCGCCGUCGUGGUAGUGUCGUGAUUUUCAUUCGCCUUUGUCCGCGCGUGCGUGCCGAUACUGCACUCAAUCAACGAAGCACACCACCAAACUCCGAUUCACCAAGCACUCAGGACACAACAGCAACAAGAGCAUGGGAUGCGGUCCAAGCAAGAGCGCGGCCAUCCACCCGUCUGGGCCUGCACCCAAGAAGGCGGUGCCCACCCCAACACAGGUGCAGCCCAGCGCACAUCGUAGCAAGGGUGAGUGGCUCAUUAACCUCGUCGCAACCAUCUGCGCCCCAUCAAACAGCAAAACCAACAGCAGCAAUGCCAGCAGCAGCAGCAGCCACAACUCUGUCGCACAAGGCGCAAUACAACAGCCACAGCAGGAGCAGGCGAGCCGAGUAACGGUUGCGGAGCUGUCAUCCGCGCUCCAACGGGCAGAGGUUGCCGCCGCCGUCAACUUUGUGUCGCCGCAAGGGACGAGCAGCCUUGGCGUGGCAUGUGCUCAUGGACAUGCCGGGGUGGUGCAAGUACUGCUGCGGCACGGUGCGGAUCCCAACGUGCUCUUGCACAACUCCAACACAGCCGCUCACGUGGCAGCGGCUAGCGGCAAUGCAGGUGUGCUCUUCCUCCUUAUCGAGGCCGGCGCACAGCUCGGCACGCGCAACAGCAGUGGCCACACGGUACAGCAGACGGCCCAACAUGCGCUGGCAGAACUUCAGGGCAUCCACGUCGACGACAGCGCGCUGUGCAGCAAACACCAGCAGCAGUGGCAGGCCUGUCUACGAGACAUCUUCCUGACAAACUGGGCAGUCGAUGCGCGACACGCGCUUGAGCUGUGUGGCCGUGGAUCCAACGCGUCAUCCUCAUCACCGUGCCCGUCUUCCUCCUUUGAAUCCACGCACGACAGCCGCGCCGACGACCACCCGCUCCCACACCACCACCACCACCACCACCACCACCACCACAACGACAACAACAACACCUACAACAGCAGAAGCAACAACAACAACAGCAGCACCGCUCGUACGGGCAACGACGAUGAUGACACAGAUGCUCACACAACGACAACAACAGCGAACCCCACAGUAGCAGCAGAAACAACACGGGAGGAGGUUGCAGUACACAAAGACAGGGUCAGCGUGGACGCAACUGCGAGUCUGAGUUCGCGACAGGGGUCAGACCUGCACCCACGCGAUAGCUUUGAUGUCUCGGGGCAAUCGUCCCAGGUGUCGUUGGGGGUGCCCCGUGCACAGGAUCGACAGCAGAGCAUGGAGGACCUGAGCAGCCAGUUUUCCGCAAGCGUUGCGCUGGGUGCAGGCCACGUCUCCUCCGACCACGCCGCCGCCACCACCGCCAGCACGUCUGACGCAGAACCACCACAACAACAACAACAGCAGCAGGCGGAACAGCGGCCCGGGUCGUCGUCGCGUGUAUCGAGCUCGGUGCUGCGCCCACGGCAGAUCCUCGUGUCCACGCCUGCAUCGGCAUCGUCGUCGUCAACAGCACGCGUGAAUGCACCACACGCACAGGCGGACUUGCUGGAGGACCUGUUUGCGCUCACCAACACGCUGCUUGGCGUGUGCCACAAGGAGAUGUACAUGAAACAUGACAGCGGCUUUGUCACCGAGGACAUGGGUAGUGAAGAUGGCGACAACCACCACAACCACCACCACCAACAACAACAACAACAACAACAACAACAACAACAACAACGCGGUGCAGCUAACAACAACGGCGGCAGCGGCAGCAGGAACAACGGCAACAGUGCGGUGGGCACGAAGACACUGCAAGUGCCUGGGUCAAGUAGCACGGAUGAUGGCGUGCCCACCUCUGCCGUGCGGCGCGCGCUGCGGGAUGUGGUCUAUUACAACCGCAUGCUCAUGGAGUUUGUGCCGUGGCGGCUCACCUCUGAGGAAGUGUCUGUGCUGGGGAGUGCGGACUGGGUGACUGUGCGUGCGAUGGCCGCGUCCCACCACCUACGCCUGGUGCGAGCCGUGGCUUCGUGGUGCUGUGCAUUGCAUGACAUUCAGCAGCACUGUGGCGUUUGCGUUGCCUCGCCGUCUGGUGCAAAGCAGACAAAGACAGUCCGCGCGGCCGAGGCGACACCGUCCGCCGUCUCCGAGGCAGGAAGGCGGGUGUCCAUUCUUGAUUUGGAGCACACGUGGUGUGCCCUCAUGUUGUAUGAUUCCCUCGUCUCGCACUAGCUGCGCAGACAUGUCGUGAUAUUGCCACGCGGUCCCCUUGAUUCCAUCAACCUGUUGCUUUGAUCGUGCGUGGCUUAGCCCGCGUUUGUUGCCAUGCUUUUCUUGUUUUUCCUUUCUGAAUUGACAUGGGCGUUUUUCCCUCGCAGCUCACUUCCGCUUCUGCUUCACCUUCCUGGCCACAAUUGCUUUGCCCCUCCACACCUCUGCAUGAUAUUGUUAAUGUUAAUGUGUCGCUUCGUUUUUUUUCACUACGCUUGUUCCUGCACGGAGUGAUGUGACGUGAUGUGACACCUCGCCUCUUGUGCUGGCCUUGUUGACGUGAGGGAGUGCUGGCUCGCCUGUGUUGCUGCGGCGUGUUGUUUCGUCGCGUGCGCUUCGGAUCGUGGUGCGCAGUCUGAAGUGCAGCAGCCAACCAUCAUAUCCAUCGCUCACAGCACAACAGCACGCUCUCCCUCUCUCUCUCGCUUCUGCUUGUGUGUGUGUGUGGUUUUGUGUGCGAUGCGACAUCAAAUGAAGAUGUAAACAAUUUUCGCU